AUCACAGAUACUUUUUAUCUACAUUUAUUAAAUUAUGACCAAGAACACCCAAACCGUAAAGUUAAACUCCGGUGCCAUCAUCCCAGUUGUUGGAUUGGGCACUUGGCAAGCUACCGAAAAGGGAGCUGCUGCCAAUGCCACCAAGGUUGCCCUUGAAAAUGGAUACAGACACAUUGACACUGCUGCCAUCUAUGGUAACGAAGAGGAAGUUGGCCAAGGAAUCCGCGACUCCGGCGUUCCUCGUUCCGAAAUUUACGUCACCACCAAGCUUUGGAACAAGGACCAAAGAAAUGCCGAAGAAGCAUUGAACACCUCCUUGAAGAAGCUUGGUUUGGACUACGUUGAUCUCUACCUCAUCCAUUGGCCAAGAGCCUUGAAGGCCGACGGUGAAGUUGACACCGAAUGGUCCUACAUUGAAACCUACAAGUCUUUACAAAAAUUGCUUUCUUCUGGUAAGGUUAAGUCAAUUGGUGUAUCAAACUUUUCCAAGUCAAAAUUGCAAAAAUUACUUGCUGAUCCUGAAGUCACCGUCAAGCCUGCAGUCAACCAAAUUGAAUCGCACCCAUUAUUGCCUCAACACGAGUUACAUGACUACUUGAAGGAACAAGGAAUCAUUGCCGAAGCCUACUCCCCAUUGGGCUCCACCGGUGCUCCACUCUUCAAAUAUGAAACUGUCACCAAGAUUGCUGCCAAGAACAAGGUUGAACCUGCCACUGUGUUGAUCUCAUGGAACGUUCAAAGAGGUGCCGUUGUCUUGCCAAAGUCUGUCACUGACUCUAGAAUCAUCUCAAACUUGGAAACCAUUGUCUUACCGGACGAAGACUUUGAAGAAUUGAACAAGUUGGCUGACAAGGAAGGUAUUGUCAGAACUGCUGAUCCAAAGUGGGGUGGUACCAGUGUCUUUGAUUAAGUAUUAGAUAGACUUAGAGAAUAGAAAACUUUUUAAAACAGAA